UCUCCGCUGCUCCAUUGCCGGUCAGAAAGUGGAAGGAGAAGCGGAAACUGGGCGGACGUCCCUGCUCAGCUGCAUAGAGAGAUAUCGAGGGAGGCAGUGAGGAAGUCCUUGGUCCUGUUGAAGAAUGGGAAGGACCCAGAAAAGCCUUUACUUCCAUUAGACAAGAAUGCCAGGAAAAUUCUUGUCGCUGGAACGCACGCAGAUGAUCUUGGUUAUCAAUGUGGGGCCUGGACUGUACGCUGGAUUGGAGACAGUGGCAGGACAACAAUUGGGACCACCAUUCUUGAUGCGAUUAAACAAACAGUUGGACCUGAAUCAGAAGUCAUAUUUGAGCAAUGCCCAUUAGUGGACACAUUAUCAGCUCAUGAUUUUGCAUUCGCCAUUGUGGCUGUUGGUGAAACUCCAUAUGCAGAAUAUAUCAGCUCGAAGACCGAACUUGUUAUCCCUUCUGAUCUAGCUGAUAUGAUAUGUUCAGUUGCUGAUAGAGUACCAACACUUCUUGCUUUGAUUACUGGGAGACCUAUAGAAUUAAAGCCAGAGAUGCUUGAGAAGAUUGAUGCUUUGGUUGCUGCUUGGUUGCCUCAGACUGAAGGAAAUGGAAUCACUGAUGUAGUUUUUGGAGAUUAUGACUUUAUGGGACGAUUACCUGUCUCAUGGUUCAAGAGGCUUGACCAAUUGCCGAUGGAUCCCGGUGCUGCCUUAUACGAUCCUCUGUUCCCAUUUGGCUUUGGAUUGACAUACAACGCAAAAAUGAAAACCAACAGCAUUUAGGCCACGGGUAGGCAAUAAGUUUCGCUUCUAUGUCAAGACAUGCAUUAAUUAUAUUCCUCGAUAUUUAUUUGGAGACAUAUGUUAGUUUUUUUAAUAAUUUCCAUGUGUGUGUGUUUAUCUGAUCACCAUUACAAAGUACCACAGAAGGUCAUGUAAGUUAUUUUUUAUAGAGUUUAAUGUCAAAUGAUCGCCGUCAAUGUAACAUAUUUGGCCUAAUCAUAUUUUAUAUAUAUCUAUUCCUAC